GUGUGAGCUAAUAGUAAUAGUUUUAGCUUGUAAACAUAAUCAUGCUCAAGUGUGCACAACUAUUCGGCUCCAAACGUCUAUGCUCGGCCCAAGUUCCUCUCGCUUCCAGCGUCCGAUGGAUGCGUAACAUCGAUCGGGUGAACGUAAAGGUCCACCAAGGUACGGUGAGUGGCGUGAAGGAGCAGCUCCCGAAUGGGGGCGUUUUCUGUGCCUUCCGGGGCAUCCCGUACGCGAAGCCACCGGUCGGUGAGCUGCGCUUCCGGGCCCCGCAGCCGCUGGACCGAUUCCCCUACCCGGUGCUGGACUGCAGUGUCGAGCGGGACGUUUGCUUUAGCAGAAACAUGUUCACCCAGGAGCUGGAAGGAUCGGAAGACUGUCUGCAUCUGAACGUGUACACGCCCGGAGCCGGGGAAAAGGCUGGCCAACCGCUGCCGGUGAUGGUAUUCAUUCACGGUGGAGCGUUUCUGUUUGGCAGUGGCAAUGGCGAUUGCUACUCGCCCGAAUACCUGCUCCAGGAGGAGGUGAUUGUGGUCACGCUAAACUAUCGGCUCGGUGCGCUUGGCUUUCUGCAUCUGCCCAGCCAGGGCAUUGAGGGCAACGCGGGCCUCAAGGAUCAGCUGGCGGUGCUGCGCUGGGUGCAGCAGAACAUUGCCGCAUUUAACGGCGAUCCGCACAAUGUGACCCUGUUCGGCGAGAGUGCCGGUGCUGCCUCCGUCCAUCUGCACAUGCUGUCGCCCGUUUCGCGGCAGUACUUCCACCGGGCGAUCUGUCAGAGUGGGGCCUCCGUCAUGGAGUGGGUGAUGCAGCGCGAUUCGAUCAACCGUACCCGGUCGCUGGCCCGGCACAUCGAUCCCGACGCAAAGACGGACGAGCAGGUGUACCGGACGCUGUUGGCCGCGGACAAGGCCCAGCUGAUGGGGCUAAUGCUGCACACACUGUCGGCCGACGAGAAACGGCGUGGUCUGCCAAUGCCUUUUAAACCGGUGGUGGAGGAGGGUGAACCGGGUCCGGACACUGUCGUGCCGGUGCAUCCGUUCGUGGCGAUGCAGCAGCGCGAUCGUACCGGCACGAUGCCAAUCAUUUUCGGAAACAAUGACCGCGAGGGCACCAUCAUGAUGAUGGAUGCGAUCAAAAAGCUCGACCUGUAUGAUAACGAUAUGGCACGGAUGAUUCCGCGCACGGUUAACGUGGCGCCGGGCAGUGCCGCCUGCGAGCAGCUGGCGAGCGAGGUGAAACAGUUCUACUGUGGUGCGCAGGGCGUUACGAAGGAAACGGCGAACCAGCUGGCCGAUUUGAUGACGGAUUAUCACUUCGGGAUACUGGCGAACACGUGUGCGGAGCUGCACGCGCGCUAUCAACCGAACUCGCCCAUGUUUUACUACCAGUUUAGUUAUGACGGCGAGCUCAAUAUGUACAAAAAGCUGCUGCAGCUGUCCAUUCCCGGCGCGUGCCAUGCGGACGAGCUGUCGUACCUGUUCCUGAUGAGACUGGCAAAUUAUGACGUCAAACCGGACACGGAGGCGGGUCGCGUUCGGCAGCUCAUGUGUCGGCUGUGGACCAACUUUGCCAAGCAUGGCCAUCCGACACCGGCCAACGAUGAGAGUCUUCCCUUCCGCUGGCAGCCGGUAGACAAAAUCGCCCCAAGCGCUGCCAGCGAAUCGUUCCGGUUGCAGUGUUUAGAUAUAGCGGCAGACCCGAAAAUUAUCACCGACCCGGCAAAGGAGCGAAUCGAUUUUUGGCGCACUGUUUACAAGCGAUGGAAUGAUGAUUUCCUCAAAGUGAAGCUAUUUAACCAAAUGGCUGAAGCAUCCUCCUGCAACGUGAAUAUAACAUCCGGCCCCAUCCGUGGCACGGUAACACCCCUUCCCGAUGGUUCCGGCCCAUGCUACACCUUCAAAGGCAUCCCGUAUGCUGUCCCGCCCGUCGGACCGUUACGCUUUCAACCGCCACAGCCGCUAACACACCACUCGGACGACGGGCAAGUCGUGCUGGACUGUACGCGAGAGCGUGCGGUGAGUUUGGCCAGCAGCUACCUUCCACCGAACCCGCCCCUCGCCUCCGAAGACUGUUUGUAUUUGAAUGUUUACACACCGAAAAACCCAACCCCUUUGGACGGUUCCUCCGAUCUGCCCGUAAUGGUGUGGCUGCACGGUGGCGCCUUCUGCACCGGUAGUGGCGACUCGUCCAUUUACCAUCCCGAGUGGUUGGUGGCGAUGGGGCCCGCCGUCGUCGUGACGGUAAACUAUCGGCUCGGACCGGCCGGAUUCCUGUGCCUACCGUCGGCAGGCAUUUACGGCAAUAUGGGACUGAAGGAUCAGCGGCUGGCGUUGCAGUGGGUGAGGGCAAACAUUGGCCGGUUCGGAGGGGACGCGCACAAUGUGACACUGUUCGGGGAGAGUGCCGGUGGCGUUUCGGCCCAUCUACAUUACCUUUCGGUGGGAACGUACCAGCUGUUCCACAAGCUCAUAUGCCAGUCCGGGGUGGCGACUGCGUCGAUCACCUUUCAGAAGCAUCCGGAGCAGAAAGCGCGCCGUCUGGCGGAGCAUUUCGGGUGUCCGCCCGAUGCUUCCGAUCGCCAAGUGUUGAAUACUCUUUUGAAUGUUGCACCCGAGCAGUUGGCCAAAUCGCAAAAGGAGGCUCUCUCGGCACACGAGAAAACGCUCGACUCGGUGUACGCCUUUCGGCCGGUGGUGGAGCCGUCCGAUGCGAUCGAUCCGAUCGUUACGGAAAAUGCGUUUGAUUUGCUGCGCAGCUUCAACCGGCCGGGCAAGCCGAUGAUACUGGGAGUGGUCAGCGAGGAGGCACUGUACAAGAUCAACACCUUCCGGCAGCACCUGCAACGGUACAGGGACGAUAAGGAUCGCUUCAUUCCGGAUUUGCUGAACGUCCCGGCAGGCGAGCGAUCGGAGGUGGCCAAUCGCAUUUUAGCGUUCUACUGCGGUACGACCGAGGUGACGCUGGAGAAAGAGUUCGAGCUGAGUCGCAUUUUUACCGACACCAUGUACCUAAUUCCGACCGUACAGGCGGCAGAGCUGCAUCUUCGUCGUAGCAAAAGCGAUAUCUUUUUCUACCAUUUUGGCGCCGAGACGGAGCUGAACAAGUUUCGCCAGCAGUGGAAAGUGCCAGCGGAAUAUCGUGGCGCAAGCCAUGCGGAUGACGUGUGCUACCUGUUCAGCGCGAGCUUCUUCCAUACGGAUGCGGUGGAGCAGGAUUCGCCGGCCUGGAAGUUACGAAAGGCAAUGUGCCGCCUGUGGACUAGCUUUGCCCGCCGGGGAGUGCCACGGUUGAACUCUGAGGAGCUGCAGCAAUCUUAUCUCCCGGCGCUCGAUGAUAGCAAACCACCGCUAAACGCUUUAAUCGCCUACGCGCGCGCCCGUUUGGGGUGGGCCGGCUCAGUCCGCAGCAAACUUCCGAUCAGGAUGGUUAUCCGCAAGCUGUACGUUCCGCCGACGGUCGCCAAGACGAAUCCGGCCCAGCCGCCGGUCGUGGAUCCGAGCUUCAUGGCACCGUCGGUCGUGGAUCCGAACUUCAUGGCACCGUCGGUCGUGGAUCCGAACUUUAUGGCACCGUCGGUUGUGGAUCCGAACGGUAUGCCACCGGCUACCGCUUAUCAGCCUCCAGCAGAAGAUGUGCCGAUCAUCGUCGAGCCGGAAGGAAGCGGUGCCUCGAACGGACCACCGCUAGUGUUUGCCGACGCAGUGGAGUUGGAUGUAGUGGCGGGGAAAAUUGUUGGCCGCCGGAAGCCACUCCCGAACGGAUCGGAGUACUACUCUUACCAGGGCAUCCCGUACGCCAAGCCGCCGGUCGGUGAGCUGCGCUUUAAGCCGCCCGUUCCGCUGGACCAGUUCGACGAGCAGCCGCUUCAGUGCGGGUCGGAGCGUGGCCACUGUCUGGCGAUUAUGGCACUUCCCGAGGGGCCCGCGGGCGUUGAAGACUGUCUGUACCUGAACGUGUACACGACGAGCGGUCCGGGCGAAGCGCUCGGCAUGCUGAAACCUGUGAUGGUGUGGAUACACGGCGGUGGCUACUACACCGGCAGCGGCAAUACGGACUUCUUCGGGCCGGACUAUCUGCUGCAGCACGGUGUCGUCUUGGUGACGCUGAACUAUCGGCUAGGGCCGCUUGGAUUUCUUGCCCUACCGUCGGUCGGUAUCCAUGGUAACCAGGGGCUGAAGGAUCAACAGUUGGCGCUGCGCUGGGUGCAGGAGAACAUUGCACGGUUCGGUGGUGAUCCCUCGAACGUGACCCUGUUUGGGGAGAGUGCUGGCAGUGCGUCGGUUAACUGGCACUAUCUGUGCCCGAAGUCGCGCCAAUACUUCCACAAAGCGAUUUGCCAGUCGGGAUCGGUGUUUUGUCCCUGGGGGUUGCAGUACCAGCCGGAGGGUAGGGCGCGCAAGCUGGCCGCCGUGUUGGGCUACGAAGGCGAGGACGAUGCAGGUGUUUUGGCAACGCUGCAAAACGCAUCGGCCGAAGAGUUGGUGUCCAACUCCACGAAAGCGUUCGAAGAGUGGGAGAACAGCCUCUACUGCAUUUCGCCGUUCAUUCCGUGCAUUGAGGAUCCCAGCUCGGAGGACGCAAUCAUUCCGCAGCGUGGCGAGGAGCUGCUGAAGCAACCGAACGUGACCAAUGUGCCGCUGAUUCACGGUGUCACCAGUGGGGAGGGUUUGGUGUUUUAUGGACUGCUGCAGCAGCGGUUCGACGAGGUUACGACCAAUCUGGCCAGCCUGCUGCCGCUCGAUCUCGGCAUACCGCGUGACUUUGCGCCGGCCGUGAUCGAGGAGAUACGCCAGUUCUACUUCCAGGACAAACCGAUCGAGCGGGAUGGACUGGGCCACCUGCUCGAUCUGGUGGGAGACGUUGGCUUUUACUUCCCGGUGUACGCAGCGGCGGAGCUGCAUUCGCGCUUCCAGCAGGAGGCACCACUGUACUUCUACCGCUUCUCGUACGAGAGCGAGCUGAACCAGCUGCGCAAGCAGUUCAGCGUACCGGACGGUACACCGGGAGCGGCCCAUGCCGACGAGCUAUCCUAUCUGUUCAAUGGCAGUCAAAUUACUGUCCCGGUCGAGGCUGGCUCGGUGGCGGAUCGGGCUCGAACGUUGCUCUGCCGUCUGUGGACCAACUUUGCCAAGUUCGGCCAGCCUACGCCGGAGGGUGACGAUGUUGGCUUCCAGUGGGACCCGCUGCCACCGACCGCUGCCGGGGAACCGUUCGUGCUGCGCGCCCUCGACCUGAACGAGCAGGUGCAGGUGGUGGAGAAUCCGAUGCAGGAGCGGAUACAGUUUUGGAGGUCGCUGGCCGAACGCUUCAAUCCCAAUCUGGUGGCGUGAGGGCGGACGGAUUACUACCAAUAUCAUAUCUUCAUUCAUAGAGCUUAGAAAUGCAUAGACCUUUCGCGCAAAGGGUUACUGUAAGAUAACA